AGCCGACAUUUUGGCUCAAGGUUCACGUUGCAAGGUGUCGCUUCAUCCGUCAUUCCAUCUCUUAGCCAGUCGCACAGGUUGGCUAUGGAGAGGGCAACCUUGGAGAUCCGAGCGGUCGUGGAGGCCUACGUCUCGAGGGUCGCCCCCAGUGCGUCGGCCUUCGGUUUUUUGACACUGGUGCCGCUGGGUGUUCAGGAUAGGCCGGCCAAUGUGCUCGCCCCCGAGGGAGGCCACGGAGAUAUGAUCGUGGGCAGGAUCACUCGAAUGGUUGAGCAGUACGAGGGCGUGGUGAUCCCGUCCGUGUACAAGACGAAGACGGAGCAGAGGGGUUUGACGCGUCUCUUGGGCCAUCUGAGAGCCGCGCAUCCUGACGCGUUUGUUUUCUUGGUGCAGUUGCCAGAUCGGUUCGGUACCGAGCUGACCAGGGGCGGCCUCCGUACAUUGAUGGCACGCCAGGUUGCGCUCUACAGUUUCGGGACGAGCGGCGUGCUAAUGGAGCUGGAGAGUGACCCAGAGGGCUUACAGCACAAGGUUCGUCUGGAGCUUCUGGAAAACACCGCGAUCCAGCGGCGCAUGCAACUCUUCGAGAGCACCUUGAGAACGGAAGUGCUCGAUUGCCAGGCCAUCGAGGACGAGCAUGACAGCCUUCUAUGGGAUGCCAUCCCGAAGUUGCUAAUGCCCGGCUUUCCCGCUCUAGACAGGGACUUGCUGGAACGGGAGAACCAGGUCGGGGAGUUCCAGUUGGUGCAACAGUAUGCAAAUCAUCAGCACGUCUUGUUGGCGGUUAAUGGGCAGCACGAGCUUGUCGUUGUCAAGAUGCGCAGCAAGCGCAGCGUCACGGCUGCCGAGGAGGUGGAGAGUAUCUACCAGGAGUUCUGCCUCCUGAAACACACCCUCGACCACCCACACAUCAUCCGCUGCGUAACCAUGCUGCACAGCCAGUCCCAUGUGCACCUGGUGCUCCAGUACGGUGGCGACGCCUGCAUGGAGCAGGUGCUGUCGACUCGACCAGGCUGCCGCUUAUCCAGGGACGACGCCCUGGACUGCACCACCCAGGUCGCGAGUGCUCUGUCUUAUUGUCACGACGUUGAUGUUACUCACGGGCAGGUGUCGCCGAGGCACGUGUCGGUAGAGAUGGCGAGGAAUCGGAUCGUUUGCCGCAUGGUGGACUUCAGCAUGGCAGCCCGCGUUCCAGACUUCAGCACGCGGGAGACCCUGUGCGGCGCUCUCCCGUGCGUCGCUCCGGAGGCAGCGCUGGAGGAGCCGUACUGGCCCAAGCCGGCAGAUUGCUGGAGCUUGGGGGUGAUGCUCCUGGAGGUCGUUGGCGGGCAGGGAUCGCUCGAGCUGUCGGUGCGGUGGCGCCGUGGCGCAUCCCUCGCGCAGGCUACGCGGGAGAUACUCGAGUUCUUCGCCCAAGCCGGCUCCCAUGCCCAAGCGAUGUCGAGCAUGGGCGGCGUGCACGACAAUGCGGCGUUGGCGUGCCUAGAGGCCCUGCUGAGGCCCGAGCCCCUCCGCAGGGCGAGCGCCUCCGACGCGGUGGAGGUGCUGUCAGCCAGGCGCGCGUAGACCGCUCGUUUCCGGUCGGACGAGAAGGGGGGGAGGAGCGUAUCUCGAUUGGCUUUCGUCCAGGCCAGGGAGAAGCAUCCAGGCACGCGCAGGCCUCCCUUUUGCGGAUGAUGCGCCCGCUGCUCCUGGCGGCGCGCGCGAGGGACCUGGCGCUCGGUGAGCGCCUGGGGCCCUGGCGCGCAGUAGGCACCUGGUCCUGUUGUUCCUGUGGUGCGUUCGGCGCCACCCGCUCACUCUCCGUCCACUCAUUCAUCAUACCGUCAUGCCCGUUUCCUCCAUCCUCCCCGUGACGCCUUCAAAUCGCGUUGGAGCCCAUUGCAAAUCGUGUUGAAGCUCACAUUUGGUCUGCGGAGCGUUGAAGGCUUCCACGCCGCAGAACGUAGCGCCAGCAGGCAGCCAAUUCGGGCAAACGCCUGUUGGCUUUCUCGCUUGAUAGCUCCAAUUCGGCUUCGGUGGCCUGGUUCAGCUGUCUUGCAGGUUUCUGUGGCGUGUGUGGGAGGCCACUUCUUUCUGCCAUCAGUCUAGGUUCACGAGGCGUUGGGAGGGGA